AUGUUUCUCCUAAUUGGUUGCGGAAUCAUCAUCGUCGUUACGGCAGUAGCGAUAUGGAGGUCCAAAAAGCCCCUAAACCAGAUCUUGGCUGAGGCUAAGUACGAGUUGGUGUACAAUGCACUGGGUUCGAGAGCCGUUUUGGAAGACAUGGUAAUGAAAAGCAAAAACAAAACAGAUCUCCCGGUUCUGACCGGGAAAGUGGCCCUAAUUACGGGAGGAGCUAGAGGUAUUGGGGCCGAGGUGGUGCAAAUGUUGCUGCAGUGUGACGUGCACGUCAUUAUAGGUUGCAGGAACGUCCAGGCCGGCGAUCAGGUGCUGCAGCGCUGCAGGGACAAGGGAGUGGCCACGGGGGACAUAAGUGUGUACAAGCUAGACAUAAGUCACAUUGAGUCAGUCAAGAGCUUCGCUAAAGUCGUCGCAGAGAAGCACCCCAAAAUAAAUUACUUAAUCAACAAUGCCGGGAUUAUGUUUGGCCCCUACAUUGAAAGCCGCGAUGGUUUCGAAUCGCAAUUUUCCACCAACUACUUAGGGCAUUUCCUCCUCACACAUCUCCUGUUUCCACAAAUCUGUGCCGGGGGCACCGAAUCGGCGAACUCGCGAAUCGUGAACGUGUCUUCUUGUGCUUACCAAGCCGGAAAAAUUAACUUUGAAGAUAUCAAUAAUCGGGAGCGCUAUAUUGCGGCGGAAGCUUACGCCCAGUCAAAAUUGGCACAGAUACUUUUCACGAAUUACGUCGAGAGGAUUUGUCGGAAGGAGAAGUUCCUGGUGCAGACUCACUCCGUCCACCCUGGUAUAGUCAACACGGAGCUUUUUGAUGGGACGUAUUUGAAAAACCUGGUCCCUUGGGUGCCGUCACUCGUGUUUAAGACGCCCGAACAGGGCGCCGUUCCCAUUAUUCACUCUUGCGUUUCGCCACGACUCGAGGGGAGAGGAGGUACAUACAUCCACAACUGCCGAAUAUUUGCGACAAGUGAAACUGCCAAAAGCGAGGAUCUGCAAGAGAAACUGUUCAAUUUCACCAAAGACUUGCUUAAGAUCGAUGAUUUUGGGCGACCCCGUGACAACAAUAAUUAGAUACAACAAAAGUGUACGGUUUUAUUGUGUUAAUAAUUUUGUUGCUUUUACAUGAUUAUUCUUUGGCUUAUUAAUAUGAACAUGUAAAUAAAUAUUAACUUAAACUCUUAA